GCGGCGAUGGCGGAAAUCGACCCGACGGACAUACCCCUUCCAAGGCUGUUAGACCCGAUCCUCGACUACUUCUCUUCUCACCUGCCCGGCCCUGUGUACUCUUUCCUGGAAACCGUGCUAGCCCACUCAUUUGCCUUGUUUACUGCCCUCUUCUCUCUUGUAUACGCUUUAGCGACCUCCAGACCGUCGGAAUGGGAUGCACAGACAGUUUUACCACCCUUGAUUAGUCUCCUCGCCGCGUACCUCGCACUACUGAGCGUAUAUCGCACGACGAGCUGGAUGGUCCGCUCGAGCCUGUGGUUCGUCAAGUGGGGCGUGAUCGCGGGUGCCCUCUUUGCGGGGACUGGUUGGGUCAUGGGCAAUAACGCUGCAGGCGGAGGCGGUCUUACGUCUGCCAUUGGCGGCAUUCUACUUGAUAUGCUCAAUGGCCCCGGUCAAAACGCGGCGGGCGGGGCUCGACGGCAGACCCACCGCACGCAAUCGAGGUCGCGCACGCCCAGGCCUAAGCCCUGGGAGUCGUUCGACAGACAUCGUGAAUGGCAGUACCAAGAGGAUCGGGGUGAGGAGGACGAUGGGGAGAUGAGCAAGAUCUUCCAUGACGUCCUGAACGCAGCUGGGACAGCCUUUAGAGAGGGAGGUUGGUGGGAGACUUUGAAGAGUGCAAUGGAUCGUAAUGUGGAGAAUGGAGAUGCGGAAGAUGGAGGUGACGAGCGCACGCCUCGAAGAAGACAGCCGAGUAGAAAGACGAAGCUUAAGACGGGAGCUGCGCGCUCACAAUGACCAAUGCUUAUUGGCCAACUAUGUAUCCCUGAUGGCUGGAAUGGCUUGUAUCAAUAGUAGAACGGACAGUCCUUUCUGCACAGCUCAAGGACGAUGCGGUGAUAUCCUCAUGACAGUGACUUGUCCUGGUCCCUCUUUGGAUAAUAAUGAGUAAUCUGUGUUGUGUGCCACACUCGGGUUUGCAAACGUUAUAAGCGC